AUGGGUGUCCUCGAUAUCGUCCCAGCUGGCGUUUUGACCGGCGACAACGUUCGCAAGUUGUUCGAUUAUGCUAAGGAGAACAAGUUUGCCAUCCCAGCCAUCGUGAGUUCGUGCCGUCUACACUCUCGAUGGGUACUAACAUUAACCCAGAACGUUACCUCCUCAUCUACCGCUAACGCCGUCCUAGAAGCAGCAAGAGAUAUCAAAUCGCCUAUCAUUUUGCAAGUUUCCCAAGGUGGAAGUGCUUACUUUGCCGGCAAGGGAUUGUCGAACGAUCAGCAGCAAGCCUCGAUCACGGGUGCAAUUGCGGCGGCUCACCACGUUCGCACCGUCGCUAAAGCUUAUGGCGUUCCUGUUGUCCUUCACUCCGAUCACUGUGCACACAAGCUGCUUCAAUGGUUCGAUGGCAUGCUCGCCGCUGAUGAGGAAUAUUUCAAGGCCCACGGCGAACCUCUCUUCUCGUCGCACAUGUUGGACCUCUCCGAAGAGCCCAAAGAAGAGAACAUCGCAACCUGCGUCAAAUAUUUCAAGCGGAUGGCACCUAUCGGUCUGUGGCUCGAGAUGGAGAUUGGUAUAACCGGUGGUGAGGAAGACGGCGUUGACAACACUGGUGUCGACAACGCCAGUUUGUACACUCAGCCGGAGGACAUUUACGACGUCUACAAGGCACUGAGUGCGGUCGGCCCUAACUUCAGUAUUGCGGCUGCCUUUGGCAACGUACACGGUGUCUACAAGCCUGGUAAUGUCAAGUUGAGGCCAGAACUACUCGGUGACCACCAGCAGUUCACGAGCAAGCAAAUCGGCGGCGCAGACCGUCCUUUGUACCUCGUAUUCCACGGUGGCUCUGGAUCCACCAAGGAAGAAAUCGCCACCGCUGUCGGCCAUGGCGUUGUCAAAAUGAACGUCGAUACCGAUACACAAUUCGCCUACCUCGCUGGCAUCCGCGACUUUGUCCUCAAGAAAAAGGACUACCUCUUGACACAAGUUGGCAACCCCGACGGCCCCGAUAAGCCCAACAAGAAGUUCUACGAUCCUCGUGUUUGGGUUCGGGAAGGCGAGAAGACCCUAGUCGAGCGUGUAAAGGAAGCCUGUUCCGAUCUGGCUAACGUUAACCGUCUGUAA